AUGGCAUCAAGACAUGAAUCACAACUCUCUUCUUCAUCUUUCCCCCUUCCCAAAACCAGAUGGUGGUCGAAAGAGACAGUGGCAAUAGUGACAGGUGGAAACAAAGGCAUAGGUUUUGCUUUUGUGAAAAGAAUGGCUGAGUUGGGAUUAACAGUCAUAUUAACUGCUAGAGACAAUGCAAGAGGAAUAGAGGCAGUUGAGUCUCUAAAGAAAUUGGGGUUGCAUCUCUAUUAUCACCAGCUUGAUGUUUCAGAUAUUUCAUCCAUUAAACAAUUUACUUCAUGGUUCACCAACAAUUUCACUGCAUUAGAUAUAUUGGUAAAUAAUGCAGCUGUAUCAUUCAACGAUAUCGAGGAGAACUCAGUGGAGCAUGCAGAGACAGUAAUAUGCACAAAUUUUUAUGGUCCCAAACGACUCAUACAACAACUCUGGCCCACCUUUCGUUGCUCUUCCACUGUCACUCGAAUUCUUAAUAUUAGCUCCAGACUUGGACUUCUUAGUAAGCUGAGAAAUGAAGAACUAAAAAGUAUGCUAUUGGAUGAAGAAAACCUAUCUGAAAAACAAAUUGAAGGAUUAGUGAAGUUAUUUUUAGAAGAUGUUAAAAAUGGGACAUGGAAAAGCAAAGGUUGGCCAAAAUUAUGGACUGAUUAUGCUGUAUCAAAGCUUGCAUUAAAUGCAUACUCUAAAGUGUUGGCUAGAAAGUAUAAAGGAAAGGGUAUAAGUGUCAAUUGUUAUUGUCCUGGAUUUACACAGACUUCUAUGACUGGUGGGAAAGGGAAGUACACACCACAAGAUACAGCUGAGAUAGGAGUAACAUUGACUUUGCUACCACCACAACAUCUUCCAACAGGAAUGUUUUAUCUAGGCUCUAAUCCUCCAAACAUUUACUCCAAGCUUUAA